AUGUUACCUCUUUUCUUCUCUCCUUUUGAACGCUUGCCCAUUCCUUCACCCAAGGAUCCUAAAACCGUUUUCCACAAUCCUAAUGGCACCGCCGGAGACAUCCGAUACUAUGAGAUCGAGAUCAAGGAGGUUUUCAAGCAAAUCUAUCCUCCACCUUUCAAGAAGGCUCGCUUCGUGGGUUACGACGGCAUGACUCCAGGUCCAACAUUGGUGCAAGAGAAAGACACUGAAGCCAUAGUCCGAUUCAUCAACAGAGGUGACCGUGCGAGCUCCAUUCACCUUCAUGGAUCUUUUAGCCGUUCCCCUUUUGAUGGCUAUGCCGAUGAUGUUACAGAGGUUGGACAGUAUAAGGACUACUACUAUCCUAAUCGCCAGAAUGCGCGUACCCUGUGGUAUCAUGACCAUGCUGUUGAUCAUACUGCGGAAAAUGCUUACUAUGGGCAAGCUGGCUUCUAUAUCCUGCAUGAUGAUCAUGAAAGAAGUCUGAAUCUACCCUCCGGAGCUUAUGAUGUCCCCCUUGCCUUGGCUGCCAGGUUCUACAACCAAGACGGCACUUUGUGGGAUCCUGAAGCCAACGAGGAGAAGACCUCUGUUCAUGGGGAUGUCAUCCACGUCAAUGGCGCACCUUGGCCUUUCAUGGAUGUCGAAGCCCGCAAGUAUCGCUUCCGAACCUAUAAGAUCUACAUGGAGCUGGAAUCGAAACCGGGAAUCCCCCUUCCGUUUACCGUUGUUGGCUCUGAUACUGGAUUCCUUGAGAAAUCUGUGUCAAGCUCAGAUCUAUAUAUUGGUGUCGCUGAGAGAUGGGAGAUUGUCAUCGACUUUAGUGAUUACGCCGGAAAGAACAUCAUCGUCAAGAACACUCCCGGGAUUGCAGCAGACAACGAUUUUGCUGGGACUGACAGAAUCAUGCAGUUCCGUGUCGGAUCUAGUGAUACUGUGACAGAUAGUAUCACAGGUAACGGACCAGUUCCAAGCGCACUGCGUACAGUGGAUUACCCACCGCCAAAGACAGGCAUCGACCACUCUCUCGUCUUCCAACAAGAUGGAGGGUUGUGGAACAUCAACGGCGCGACAUGGUCCACAGGUGCAGCACACCCUGAGCUGCGAGUGCUUGCCAAGCCUAAGAGGGGUUCCAUCGAGAUUUGGGAGCUGAUCAAUAAGAGUGGUGGUUGGAGUCAUCCAAUCCACAUACACUUGAUUGAUUUCCAGGUUAUCUCGAGAACUGGUGGCAGCCGUGGGAUACAGCCUUAUGAGAAAGUCGCACUCAAGGACGUGGUAUGGCUUGGCCCAAAUGAGAGAGUACAAGUCAUCGCAAGAUACCAACCCUGGGAUGGAGUCUACAUGUUCCACUGUCACAAUUUGAUUCAUGAGGACCACGAGAUGCUGGUGGACUUCAACGUUACAGCCCUCGCAGAUUUCAAUUAUACGGAGAAAACUCAUUUCAUUGACCCAAUGGACCCAACAUAUAGGGCAAAACCGAUACUGAGCAACGAAUACGUCGAUGUUCUCACCUGGGGCAAGGGAGAAUUCUCCCUAGAGGGAGUCAAGAAUAAAACAGAUUGGUUCGCUAGUCUCGAAGCUUAUCGUAAUUACGAAGAGGUGAAAGCGAAUCUUGAGCAAUACUGGGGAAGGACUACUUUGCUCAAGCAAGUACUUGGUAGCAUGACAUGGGAGGCCACCUUCAGCACUAGAACAGUACGACCUGGAACAUUGGCUACUCUACCAGAGAUCAAACAUCGAAAAACAUUCUCCAAAAUUUACAAAAUCUGGGCAGAACUCUGA